AAAAAAUGAAAUCAAUUGCGCUUGUAACUUCCGCUGCUACAGUGUUUUUUGGUGGAAUAAACAUUUAUAAAGGCAAUGAAAAAUUCUAUGAAAAUAUUAUCAUGCCAAUAUCACGCAUGCUACCACCCGAAACAGCACAUAUGCUAGCAGUCAAGGCUUGUAAAUAUAAAUUGUUUUAUGGAAAAACUCUUGAUGAUUUGAAAAUUCUUGAAACACAGUUUUUUGGGCGUAGUAUGUCGAAUCCUAUUGGUAUAGCAGCAGGAUUUGACAAACAAGGAGAAGCUGUCGAAGGCUUAGAGCAAAUAGGUUUCGGUUUAGUAGAAGUUGGCUCAAUUACACCAUUACCACAACCCGGUAAUCCAAAGCCUAGAGUUUUUCGGUUAAUUGAAGAUCAAGCAAUUAUAAAUAGAUAUGGUUUCAAUAGUGAUGGACACGAAAUUGUUUAUCAACGUUUAAAAGAAUUAAAAGAUCGUAAAUGCUUUAAAGGUGUACUCGGAGUGAAUUUAGGUAAAAAUAAAACAUCAGAAAAUGGGAAUAUGGAUUACGUGAAAGGUAUUGAGGUUUUUGGUCCAAUAUGUGAUUAUUUAGUAAUUAAUAUCAGUAGUCCCAACACACCAGGCUUAAGAAAUUUACAAUAUAAGAAAAAUUUGGAAGAUUUGCUUACAGAUGCAAUAAAAGCUCGAAAUAAUUUAACAUCAUAUAAGCCGGUUUUCUUGAAAAUAGCACCAGAUUUAACAAAGGAAGAAGUAAAAGACAUCACCAAAGUUAUUUCCAAAAAAGCUUGCAAGAUUGAUGGAUUAAUUAUUUCUAAUACAACAGUAGAUAGAACCAAUUUACGUAAUGAGUUAUAUAGCCAGGAAGUUGGAGGUUUAAGUGGAGCUCCUCUAAAGCUAAAAUCUACAGAGUUAAUCGCACAAAUUUAUUAUGAAACCAGUGGAAAAAUACCCAUUAUAGGAGUCGGUGGAGUUUUCGAUGGAAAAGAUGCUUAUGAAAAAAUUCUAGCUGGAGCUUCUUACAUACAAAUUUAUACCGCUCUUAUAUAUAAUGGCCCACCCAUAGUUAACAAAAUCAAAAUAGAACUAAAUGAGCUCUUAGAGAAAAAUGGAUACAGAAAUGUCAAUGAAGCGGUAGGAAAAAACUAUAAAAAAUAUUUAAGAUAAAAGUUUGUCAUAUAUUAUCUAGUAAAACAAUAAAUUGUAAAACUCCUAUUAUUUUUUAUUGGCCGGCUCCACAUUUAAAAUUCUGCCAUCCAAAAAGUGAUUUGUUUUAUUAGCUGCAGCAUUAUAUCCAUCUCUUGUAC